UUGGAAAUGGAUUGAUUGCCUCGAGCUUCAAUUCUACAUCAUAGUCCUUGGAUCAUAUUUAAGGCUUUGAAAAUGAUAGAAAGAUAAGUGAGAUUUGAGAUAAGGUUCCAAGCACAUAUCAAGCUUUUGGUUAACAUAAAGCAAACAAGUUCAAGAUUAACAAGCUGGAAGUGGGUAAUUGAAGUAUUCAAAUGUCAACAACCCAGCUGAGGAGUUGUGAGCAAUGGGCUAGUGGUAUUUCUCAUGGAAUAGAGCUCUACGUGUUCGAUUGUAAUCCUGAAAGGGCUCUUAUUAUAGUCAUAAAGCACAAGAAAGAUGUACUUUAUAGUGAAGGGGUGAGAUGUGAGGAGAGGUCAUCAGAUGGAUGAUGACAACCACAACACUUCAAAUGGUUUGUCAGAAUCUGAGACUUGUUAAAUUGGCACAACUUUAAUGGCCCCUACUAGUACUAGAGCCACUUACCAAGAGACAACCAUACGCACCUAUAUGCUGUAUCAGCAGCCACUAUUAUAUUAGAUACCAUGCCCUUUGGGGCCUCUCUUGUUGUUGCUUGUUGGGUCCUCCCUUUUCAAUGUUCACAGUUUAUGAGGGCCAUGAUUCAAAGCAAACAAACAAACAAAACGACAGAGAACAGUUAAUAUAAUCAGAUGUUAGAAUUUUCGAUGUUGUGCCCAAUUACAACAGGUCGGUCGUCUAGUGGUCCAAUUCUCCAAUGUACAUCUACCGACGAGACUGAAGAAAUUUUUACUGCAGAAGCACUAUUCUUAUCCUUUGUGUGUUUCUGGGUUAAUAUAGUGGGAUCAGAUGUACAUCUGAUUCUUCUGAUUCUGAGAGCUAAUAAUAAUGGAACCAAUCAACCAAGCUUCAAGUUCUCAUUAAUUUGUUAAUUUACUAAAUUUUUCGUCUUCACUUUUUUUUUUCUUGUUCAUGAUAUGCUUUUAGUAUUCCUGGUUCUGCAGAUAUCUGAGCACCACGCAGAUGUUAGCUAGGUUCCCAUGAAACUUUACCUCUGUGAGUCAACUUUUAUAAAGUGCAUAUAAUAGGUCCCUGCAUCCUACAUGCUACACAGCACACACUAAAUAUUAACAAUUAAAACAGUGUGUUUUCUCCUCCUAUAAAUAAAGAGUUGUGCAAGCUUGGAACUACCAAGUAGCACUCGUUAGCUUUCACUGAUUUAGUCAUCUCCAAAUUUUACUGCCAUGGCUCCUGUACCCAGUUCUCCGAUCAAGGUUGGUCAUAUUGAUGAUGUUCAGGAACUGAGAAAGGCUAAGCCAACAACAAUCCCUGAAAGAUUUGUCAGGGAUAUGAAUGAAAGGCCAACACUAGCCAUAGCUUUACCUUCUCUGAGUGACAUACCUAUCAUUAAUUUCUCAAGGCUUGUGAAUGGCAGUAAAGAUGAUUACCAAACUGAAAGUUUGCAGCUUGCAAGAGCCUGUAAGGAGUGGGGAUUUUUUCAGGUGAUUAACCAUGGAAUUAAUCUGAGUUUGAUUGAGAGCAUAGAGGAGGUGGCCAAGAAUUUUUUCAUGCUACCUUUAGAGGAGAAGCAGAAGUAUCCCAUGGCACCAGGAACUGUUCAGGGAUAUGGACAAGCCUUUGUGUUCUCUGAGGACCAAAAGCUGGACUGGUGCAACAUGUUUGCUCUUGGAAUUGAGCCUCCCUAUAUAAGGAACCCGAAACUAUGGCCAAUAAAGCCAACAAAGUUCGGUGAAACUGUUGACGUUUAUUCAAGAGAAGUGAGGAAGCUGUGCCAGAAUCUAUUGAAGUACAUAGCCGUGACCCUUGGCUUGAAAGCAGAUAUUUUUGAAGAAAUGUUUGGAGUUGCUGUGCAAGCUAUAAGGAUGAACUACUACCCACCAUGUUCAAGACCUGACCUUGUUCUAGGCCUAAGCCCACAUUCAGAUGGGAGUGCCCUAACAGUGCUGCAGCAAGGAAAUGGUAGCUCAGUAGGACUUCAAAUCCUUAAAGACAACAAGUGGGUACCUGUUCAGCCCAUUCCAAAUGCAUUAGUAAUCAACAUUGGUGACACUUUGGAAGUUCUAACAAAUGGAAAAUACAAGAGUGUGGAACACAGGGCAGUGACUCAUAAGGAAAAAGACCGUCUCUCUAUUGUCACUUUCUAUGCUCCAAGCUAUGAAAUAGAACUCGGACCAAUGCCAGAACUGGUGGAUGAGAAAAACCCUUGCAACUAUAGGAGAUACACUCAUGGAGAAUACAACAAACACUAUGUAACUAACAAGUUGCAGGGGAAGAAAACCCUGGAAUUUGCCAAGAUUAAAAGCAACACAUCUACUGUAUAGUUUUUAGAAUUUGUAUACACUGGUGUUAGUGUUUCACUUCCUCAUGUCUUCUGUGUAGAAUAUAAGGCCAAAUUACAUGUUGGAUGUUAUAUAUAUAUAUAUAUCAAAAUGUGCGGGGAUCAAAGAUGGACCGCUCGAGUUGACUCAUUUUGUAAUAGACUUUCAAUUAGUUGAAGCCUGUUAAGCAUUUCUUGUCAAA